UACCUUGUGGUCUUUACCGAUUUCAACUUACAUGUACACGGGCCGAGCUUGAUCUGGAAGGAGUUAUGGAUUCCAUGCCUGACCAGGGGCAAGAGGGUGAGGUGGAUCCUUCGCCUAUCCCUUCAAAGAGAAGGAGGGGGGCGACCUUGGGAGAAAGUCUCAGGCGAUCAAUGAGACUUCUCAGCCUUCAGAUGAGCUUCGUGAUGUGGCUCCAACUCUUAGGCCGGGAGCUCACAGUCGUGCACAUUGUGAGCGCGAGGACUUGCUUCCUAACUUUGGGUUUCCUCCCACCCGGGGCUAUCAUGAGAUGGGGGUGCUUAAGCCGUUGGUGACCCCCGCUCGAUCCAGAGCGAUUGCAGGGCGCAGCGUAGAUGACAUUGAAAGGGCUGCGGCUGUUUACCUCCAGAGGGUGGUGGCCCUCCAGACCGGACUCGCUGAGUCAAAUCGCCGCCUGGUCUCAGAGCUGAAAACUCUUACUGAAGAAAAGAAAAAGGAGGCUCAUCACCACAAGAAGAAAAUAUCCUCCUUGAGGAGAUCUCUGGAGACGUCGGACGCUCGAGCUCGUGAGCAGCAGACGGAGAUCGACAACCUACGUUCUGUUUUGGCUCGUGCUCCUGAAGAGGCGAUUGAGAGGUAUAAGGCCUCAGAUGAAUACGCUGGAGAUCUCAAGGAGUCUGUGGAUCAGUAUAAGACAUCGUCCGAUUAUGCUAAGGCUUUGAACUCAUACGAGGGGAAGGCGAUGUCAGCGUCAAUUAAGCUCUCCAAGGAGUGGAUUAUGGCCGAACAUCCUUCUAUAGACCCCUCCGGUCUGGAUAGAUUUCUUGCACAGCGCAAGGGGAAGGAGAGUGUAGCUCAGUCAUCCAGAUCACUCGGUCGUUCAUCACAAGGUGGUAGUGGGGAUGUCUCCCCUUCGAGUUGAAGCAUUUCUUAGUUGUUGUUUUCUUUGCUAGUUUUUCCUUUUUAGUGUUUACUUUUGUUUAGCCUUGUUAUCUCCUACUUGCUCGGGAUGUGGGCAAGAAUUCUUCGAAUGUAUAAACACGUCUUUCAUUUGA